AUGUUGUCUUUUGUUUUGGCAGCCAAAUACCCAAAACCCCUUUUCUACCCAUCUUGUUUCCACUGCACCAAUAGUGCUCACGGAGUGGGUGCUAGCAAGGAAGGGUCUGCGCCAUUGUCUAGGGUUUCUUCCUUCGUUGAUUUUGCUCGAGCUGCCGGAAAGGUACCCAUUAUGGCAUCCGGUAAUCCACCAUUUAUCAUAAGGGAUCAUCUUUACUCCGUAGAUGACAGGUUGAAGAGAGGGAGACCUCCUCCUUUGCUCAAGGGUGCCGACGAGGAUGUAAUCAUUGAUGAAGAACCAGCGCCAGAAGCUACUUCAGUGAUUGAUCCUGCAUCCGUAUCAAGGUGCUGCAUAGAAAGGGGUCUGUUUCCGGCAGUUCCUUUGUUCUUUCAAUAUCCCUGCAGCAUCAGCAAGGGUUGGUCGGAGUGGGUUGAUGCUGAACUGAAGAGCCCAUCUACCCGUGAUAUCCUAAGCCGGGCAGGCGUGUUGGAAGCCAUCUUUGCUUCUAAGGCUUGCGACAUCCAUAUUGAAGCCAAGACGCUUCGACACUUGGUUAGACGGUGGAGCACUGAGACGCACACUUUUAUUUGUUCGUGGGGAGAGUUCACUCCCACGCUUGAGGAUGUAGCUAAUAUUUUCCAUCUCCCACUUUGCGGCAGCCAAGACCCUUUCCAUAUUGCAUUAACCCCGGAAGAUGGGCUAAAGCUUGAAACUUUGCGGAAGGGUGCUCCGACCUCUCCUAGUACCUCUCUGAGAUUCAGUAAUUGGAUUCAGUUUUUCGGGAACAGUGAUCGAGACGAGCCGUGUCGCCUUGCUGCGUUCGUGUCCUUGUGGCUCGGGAGGUUCCUCUUUUGUGAUUUUUCUCAAGACUGCUUGCAUGGGAGAGUGUUUCCGUUGGCUUUGGCAAUAGCACGAGGUAGCAUGAUCCCUUUAGCCCCCAUGUUCUUGGGGCACUUAUAUCGCUUGCUUGACCAGAUUCAAUUUCUUGAGAAGGGGGCGGCCGGAACCAUGGCUGUGGAGACUUUUGUAAAUUCCAGUUUUCUGCAGAUCUUUUUAUGGGAACGCUUCAAGGGAUAG